CGUUUCAUCCUCGGAUCGUUUCGGGAAGAGCGGCAUCGGUUCUGCUGCUUCUUCCUUACUGUCGAAUGACCAAAGAUAGUCUUUUUUACAACCUUUCACAUCCACAUUGCUUUGUGGGUUUUUUUUUUUUUUUGCCACCUGCGUUUUUCUUUUGUAGAACAUGCAGAAGAGGAGGAAGCCAGAACCGAUCCAACUCAACCCGAUUCCGGACGGAAACACGAUAAACGGCACGGGGGCCACAGAAACAAACUUGGAGGCCCUGCAGAAGAAGCUGGAGGAGCUAGAGUUGGACGAGCAGCAGCGGAAUCGUCUGGAGGCCUUCCUGACCCAGAAGCAGAAGGUGGGGGAGCUGAAGGAUGAUGACUUUGAGAAGAUCUGUGAGCUGGGUGCAGGAAAUGGAGGAGUCGUCUUCAAGGUGUCGCACAGACCCUCUGGUCUGAUUAUGGCUCGGAAGUUAAUCCACCUGGAAAUCAAACCUGCCAUCAGGAACCAGAUCAUUAGAGAACUGCAGGUCCUGCAUGAGUGUAACUCCCCUUACAUUGUGGGCUUCUACGGGGCUUUCUACAGCGAUGGAGAAAUCAGCAUCUGCAUGGAACACAUGGAUGGUGGCUCAUUGGACCAGUCAUUGAAGAAAGCAGGCAAGAUUCCAGAACAGAUCCUUGGCAAAGUCAGCAUCGCUGUCAUCAAAGGGCUUUCCUACCUUAGAGAGAAACACAAGAUCAUGCACAGAGAUGUCAAGCCUUCUAACAUCUUAGUGAACUCCCGUGGUGAGAUCAAGCUGUGUGACUUUGGAGUGAGUGGACAGCUCAUAGACUCCAUGGCCAACUCCUUUGUGGGGACCCGCUCCUACAUGUCUCCGGAGCGUUUGCAGGGUACCCACUACUCUGUUCAGUCAGAUAUCUGGAGUAUGGGACUGUCCCUAGUGGAAAUGGCCAUUGGACGUUUCCCAAUUCCACCACCCGAUGCAAAGGAGCUGGAGCAGAUUUUUGGUUUCCCAGUGGAAGGAGAAUCAGCUUCCAGUGCGCCCUCUCCUAGACCGUGGCCACCUGGACGACCAGGCAGCUCAUAUGGAUCCGACAGCAGACCUCCCAUGGCUAUAUUUGAGCUGCUGGAUUACAUAGUUAAUGAGCCCCCACCAAAGCUGCCUGGGAUAUUCAGUCCUGAAUUCCAAGACUUUGUAAAGAAAUGCCUGAUCAAGAAUCCUGCAGAGAGAGCAGACUUGAAACAGCUGAUUGUCCAUCCUUUUAUCAAGCAAUCAGAGGCAGAGCAGGUGGACUUUGCUGGUUGGUUGUGCAGCACCAUUGGACUCAAUCAACCUUUGACUCCCACCCACGGCACAGAAAUGUGAGGACCGUACAG